AAUGAAAAUAUUUGUUUUUCGUAUUUAAAGUUUUGGGGAUUAACGGGCUUUCACAUAAAGACCCAAAUCCAAUUAAUCAAGUUUUGUGGGUAGGGUUUCGUUAAUCUGCAUUGGGCUCCGUUUGAGCCCAAAUUUAGUUUGGGUAAAUUUCAGGAACGGAAAAUACAAGGGUGAAAUGGUAAAUUAACUUGAGAAAGAGAGCACCAAACAAAAGCUGUAACGAAUAGCAGUCACCGACUCUCUUGAAACCAUAAGAAAUUCCAAACAUGGAAGCCGCUCCUUGUCCGAUACUUUACACGCUCCGCGUACCAACCAAUACCGUAACUGCAACUGUUAACAAUAACAAUCUUUGUCUGCUUCCUAAAAGCAAUCAUUGUUGGCUUCCUUCAUUUUUCUCUACUUUCCCAAGAAACUUUAACUUUCACGGAAAAAAUCUGCAAUUCAAUGGCUUUACUGCUUUCAGCUCACCAUCUAGUGCCCAAAACCAAAACCUAUCUCAGGAACUGGCUGUUCUUCUUGAAGUUGAUGGGGUCCUUAUGGAUGCAUAUCGUUUGGGCAAUCGCCAAGCCUUCAAUUUAGCAUUUCAAAAGCUUGGGCUUGACUGUGCAAACUGGACUGAACCUGUCUAUUCGGAUCUUUUAAGGAGAAGUGCUGGUAAUGAAGAAAGGAUGCUGAUUCUAUAUUUUAACCGGAUUGGUUGGCCUACUUCAUUGCCUACAAGUGAGCAGGAGCCAUUUGUGAAAAACGUAUUACGAGAGAAGAAAAAUGCACUGGAUGAACUGAUGUUAAAAAGUUUACCUUUACGGCCUGGAGUUGAGGAUUUUAUUGAUGAUGCAUGCAACAAAGGAAUACCUGUGAUCGUCUUAACAUCCUACAGUAAAAGUGGGGACAAAAUUGCUCGAUCUAUAGUUGAAAAGCUUGGUCCUGAACGACUCUCAAAAAUAGAAGUUGUUGGGAAUGAGGAAGUAGAUAAGAGUUUUUAUGGUCAACUUGUGUUUGGUAAAGGAAUGUCUUCGUCUUUGGAUGAGCAACUAGCUAAGGAAGCAAGAAAAGGAGCUUCUGCCGAGAAACAAAGAAUAGCAAAGGAGGUUGCAUCCAUGCUGAAAGUGAGUGUUAACAUUGAUACCAGCUCAUCUGAAGGCUUGGCAAAGAUUGUAGCUGCACUACGUGCAGCUGCAGAAAUGGCUGGGAUACCUGUCUACAAUUGCAUCCUGAUUGCAGGAAGCAAAUCUGGAGUGGCUGCAGCUGAGCAGAUAGGCAUGCCCCGUGUUGUGCUGAGGAGCAGUUUCACAUCUAGAGCAGAGUUCCCUUCCGCCAAUGCUAUAAUGGAUGGGUUUGGAGGUGCGGAUCUGACUAUCUCUAAACUAUGCAAAAAGAGAUGGUCAUGACUGUUGAGAUGAAGUGCUGUGAUCUGAACCAAGUGCCUGGGCUGCUAUUUUUGUUUCUCUAGUUUGAUAAAUUAUUGAUUAGCAUUUAAUUUUAAUGCAAUCCAAUGAAAACUUUUGUAGCAUCACCACACCUUCAUUUGUCAAGCAUAAAUUUUUCCAAAAUUGAGUUACCACUGCAGGAACGUUGAUCUUAUUUUCUAAAAAG